AUGAGCGGAGGGGUGGUGGUGGGCGGUGGAGGUAGCACCGGGGCGGUGGGAGGGGGCGGAGGCUCCGGGGCGGAGAAGGGAGGCAGGGUGAGGUGUUCCCGCAGGAUCUGGGUUCUUCUCGGCUCGCUGGUCCUCGUCUUCCUCACCUCGCUCUUCCUGUCCGUGUCGCUGCGAGGCGGCGUCGGGUUCAACUACCUGGAGCCGCCCGGCUGGGAGGAGUCGCGGCGGGUGAAGCUGGUGCCGAGCUACGCUGGCGCUCACCGGCUGUCGCCUCCCGACGCCCCCCAGCAGAAGACGUGUGCCUGCCCUCGCUGCGUCGGUGACCCCGGCGUCUCCGACUGGUUUGACGAGAACUACGACCCGGACAUCUCUCCUGUCUGGACCAGAGACAACAUCCAGCUGCCCUCUGAUGUCUACUACUGGUGGGUGAUGUUGCAGCCCCAGUUUAAACCCCACAGCAUCCAGCAGGUGCUGCUCAGGCUCUUCCAGGUGAUUCCCGGAAGGUCGCCGUACGGCUCGUGGGAUCCGGGACGCUGCCUGCGCUGCGCCGUGGUGGGAAACUCCGGAAACCUCCGCGGGGCCGGAUAUGGAGCGACCAUCGACGGACACAACUACAUCAUGAGGAUAAACCUGGCCCCGACGGUGGGCUACGAGGACGACGCCGGCAGCCACACCACCCACCACUUCAUGUACCCGGAGAGCGCCAAGAACCUGGCGGCCAACGUCAGCUUCGUCCUGGUUCCCUUCAAGACUCUGGACCUGGUCUGGAUCACCAGCGCCCUGUCCACCGGCCAGAUUCGAUUUACUUACGCUCCAGUGAAGCAGUUCCUCCGCGUAGAUAAAGACAAGGUCCAGAUCUUCAACCCGGCUUUCUUUAAGUACAUCCACGACCGCUGGACCCGACACCACGGCCGCUACCCGUCCACCGGGAUGCUGGUGCUGUUCUUCGCUCUGCACGUCUGUGAUGAGGUUUGUUUUUUCUCUUUCUCU